CAAUGGAAAGCUCGGGCGUUAUCAUGGGUACUAGAAAUUGUAUGAAUGGAUGGAGAGUAACAUACUACACAAAUAUUCUUCUCUUAAUCCGUCAUACCGAUUUCUUCACCCUUAGCUGGGGUUAAUUGAUGAGAUAGAUGAACCGUUCAUGGCGACCUCAUCCGAAUACCCAAACAUCAAAGAUGAGUCGUCCUCAACCAGGCUCCUCUCCUCAGAUGACGAGUCAUGCGACUUCGAGUCGCCGGAGACAACGAAGCCAGGUUUUUGGAGCACAAGACGAUGGAUAUUAGUCUUGAUCAUCUCUAUUAUUGCUACCAAUACGAUAAGCAUAAUAGCAACUGUUCAAGUCACUCGCCAUCUUCAAAGAUGCCAAAGCGUAUCGGAGCCCCCGACUGGAAUAGCACCACUUCUACGUAGUAUACCUUCCGACAUAAAGCCUACUCGGGCCAACACGCCAUUCUAUAAUAGAGAGAAUAGCACAUAUCGAAAUCAUGACUCACCCUCUACAGAGGCGGCUUGGUUAGAACUGACACAGAUUCACGCUGGUAUUCUGUUAGUACCGAAGGAAGAAGCUAAAGAGUCCGGUAUUGACCCAGAAAUUCAUGCAUAUUUUGACAAUCCUGAGAAAGGACUGGUCGGUCACCCAGUUCUCAUUGAAGCAACUCAUCAAUUGCAUUGUCUGAACUUACUCAGACGAUAUUCUUACUUUAACUUCAACUACACUAGUGUAGCGGAACAGGUGGCUCUCUCAGGAACCACGGCAUAUUACCAAAGCCUCCACGUUGAUCAUUGCGUUGAAUAUUUACGUUAUCGACUCAUGUGUACUGCGGAUGUUGGGAUUGUUCCGUUCGUAUGGGCUGGCACGAAGGGUCGCCUGACGGCGGACAUGGACCGUAUGCACACAUGUAGAGAUUAUGAAGCGGUACGGCAAUUUGUGAAGAAUAAUUCGAUCCCUCGCCCAAAAGAGGGAGAAGUCAAGCCAAAGCCAGGCGAUCAUACUGUAAAUGAUUAUAUCUAA